GGUUUUGGGAAAUAGAUCUUCUAGAGAAUGUCAAGGCGAAAACGGUGAUUCGGAAGAUGAAAUCUCAAUUCGCAAAGUACGGAGUUCCAGAUGUGUGUAUGUCCGACAAUGGUCCGCAGUUCGUGUCCGAGGAGUAUCAUAAGUUCAGCAAGAGUUGGAAGUUUUAGAGAAUUACAUCUUCUCCCAGACAUCAUAAGAGCAAUGGUCGUGCAGAAAACGCAGUCCAAGCAGUGAAACGUCUCAUGAAGAAAGCGAAGAAAGAUAAUGCAGAUGUGUAUUUAGCGGUGCUGGAUUAUCGAAAUACACCGACACAAGGAAGUGAAAGUUCCCCAGCACAAAGACUAAUGUCGCGAAGAACAAAAACAUUGCUCCCAACGACAGCAAAGUUGUUGGCACCAAGAGUUGUAGAGAAUCACCAUCAAGAAAUUGUGAAAGGCCAAGAACGUCAAGCGAAGUAUUAUAACAGAGGAGCAAAAGAUCUACCUCGUUUAAAGAAAGAAGACAAAGUAAGAAUUCAAGAUCACGGACAAGGUCUUAAGAAAAGCCCGUCAGUCAAAGCGACUGUGAAAGCAGAAGUUGGUAUUAGAUCAUAUGAAGUUGAAACACAAGAUGGACAAGUUCUGAGACGAAAUCGAAGUCACCUCAGAAAAACAACAGAAGAUGAAGAUGAAGUUGAUGAGACAAUUCAAACAGAAGUUCACACAGACGAAGAUAGAGAAUCGAACCAGACUGAAGAAAGGCAGUCAAAACAAGCGGUAGAUUUUCAAAGAGAACAAAAAGUAGAAAUAAGAACACGUUCAGGACGGUUAGUAAAUAGACCUGCGUAUUUGAAAGACUAUGUAUCAUUUGUGUUUUGA